GAAGUCUGUCUCCCUGUUGUGCUUGUGCUUGACUCUGUGUGCGCUAUGGACGCCGUCGCCCGCGUCCUCGAGAACUAUACUCAUCGCUCGCUGCCCAACCUUGGCUCGUCGUCGCGCAACGAACCUCACGCGCCCAUACACGUCCACCGCACUCUCACCCUCCCGUCUUUCUCCCACUCUCCUUCAUCAUCCCCAGAUGAGGAUAAACAUUCUCAUGCCGAGGAUGUACAGAACACCGUGAAGAAAACGGUCUUAAAAGCAUACACUGCUCUCGUCCAGCAAUACAUCGACUCUCAGGACCUCCUCGUGCACGUCUUGCCCAAUUCUCUCGCUCGCUUCCGUGGCGAUGAUGCUAGCGACGACGACGAGGUCGAGUAUCCAGCUGGAGCUACAGAAGACUUGAUGUCCUUGCUGGCUCUCGGCGACACUCAGGGUGGCACUUUGUUCCCGGUCGAGUUCGGGUGGGGCCACAGUGGCACCGAGUGGUCCGAGAACGUCCUCCAGCUCCUCGCGAACCUCUCUCUACCACAUGAAGACGACAAGCCGGCAGAGCUGAACCUUGAACUUCGUUCAGACGCAGCCCUCAUCUCGCCUGCCUCUGCUUCGCUCUUCGUGGACCACCUCGUGCAUCUCAUCGCCUCCUCCUCCGAUACCGCUCAAUCUCCUCCUCCGGACGACAACCUACUAUCUAUAUCGCCCUUCGCAGAGAGGUAUGACCCGGCGCUUGCGCACCCUGUCACGGAAUACCUCCUCCGCACCGCGGCUACGCAUCCCGAAUGGCCUGCACAUGAGAUAUACGCGUCGGGUGAUUUGUGGGACGAAGAAGGGGGAGGAGGAAAAGAGGUGAUCACGUAUGGAGAGUUGAAUGGGAGGAGUAAUUCGGUUGCGAGGUGGUUGAUUGCGAGACUUGAGCUCAAGGGAGGAGGGAAGGAGGAGAGAAUAUGUGUUUGUAGGCAGAGGGAUGCUUGGUUUUAUGUCUUGCAGGCGGCGAUUUGGAAAGCGGGGUGUUGUUAUGUUUCUAUCGACCCCGACCUCCCGCCCGCCCGUAAAGCCUACAUCGCAAUCAACAGCGGCGCUUCUAUCGUCUUCACCACCCCGAACGAGGCCAAGAUCUUCGCUGCUGAAUUCGCGAGUGAGAGCGAGGAAAGGACACUGCCGGAGGUCGUCGUUCCGGAAGACGAAGAGGUAGAAAGCAAGGAGGGAGAGGGAGAUGUGAAUAAGGCGGAGUUGGACGGGUUGGCUUAUUUGUUGUAUACGAGCGGCACGACGGGAACGCCGAAAGGAUGUCUGCUCACCCAUCGUGGGCUUUAUUGGGCCAUCGAGGCGAUGUGCGAGUAUCCGAGGCCUGUGACGACGCCUGGGGUGGAUAAGAGGUUAGCGUUAGCGUCCAUAGCAUUCGACGUCCAUAUCUCCGAGAUCGCACAGUCCUGGGCACUCGGCACCGCACUCCUCUCCGCCCCGCGUCUCUCCCUCCUCGCGGACCUCCCGAGGGUGAUACGCGAGAAGAGGGUGAGUCAUAUGGGGAUCGUGCCGAGUAUGUUGAGGGCUUGUGUUCCGGGGGGGCCGGGGGAGGUUAUGAUCGAUGAUGGCGAUGAGGGGAAGAAGAGAUGCGCGUUGAAGUAUCUCGUUAGUGGAGGGGAGAAGAUUAGCGAUGAGGUGUUGAAGAUGUGGGCGGGCAGGGAGGACGUGAUACUAGCUAAUUUCUAUGGACCUACUGAAGCAACCGUCGGCUGCACCUCACGCAUCAUCCGCCCAACCGAUAAAAAAGAAAACAUAGGCCGACCCUUUCCCUCCUGCGAAGUCUACAUCGCCUCCUCCGUCCCCGCACCCACCACCACCACCAGCACGCGUUCAAUACUCUCCGCGCUGCACCAUCAGCCCGACCCCGACAUCCCGCUGCAGAUCGUACCGAGGGGCACGCCGGGAGAGCUGAUUGUUACGGGCCCGUUAGUCGCGAGGGGGUAUCAUGGGGAGGGCAUGCAGGAGGCGAAUAGGAAGGCGUUCGUGGAGUGGCCGAGGGAGGGCGUGAGGGGGUAUCGGACGGGCGAUUUGGUGAGGAUGCUCCCAGACGGGACACUCGAGAUCCUCGGUCGGAUCGACACACAGAUCAAGCUCCGCGGCGUACGCAUCGAGGCAGAAGGCGUCUCUGCCGUCCUGCGCAAUGCCGUCUCCGCCUCCUCCACAUCUGUGAGUGCAGUCAAGCUCGACGCUGCGACGCUCGUGAGCACGCACCCUUCGCUCGGCUCGGGCGAGGUCCUUGUCAGUUUCAUUGCUCCGUCGAAGAAAGCGGGCACGGCGGUGCGGGUGAACGUCAAGCCGCGGGUCGUCGUCCCACUUUCACCUCGAGACAACGCUGCGGAAGAUGACGAAGGGUGGGUGCAGAAAGUCAUACCCCGCGUGAAAGAGGCGGCGAAUAGGGAACUGGCGAGUUAUAUGCGUCCAGCGUAUGUCGUCCCCGUGGAUGUUUUGCCGUUGAGUAUGAAUGGAAAGACGGACGAGAAGGUGCUGGGGCAACUGUUUCGUGAUACGGAGUUGGGCGUGCUCUUAGCUGCUCAGAACGUCGGUUUUCCUUCCUCCACGCCCGCUACGAAGGAGAAAGAGGAACGGACGAUGACGGAGAAUGAAGAGAGGGUGGUGAGGUUGAUUGGCGAGAUCACCGGCGCGGGUGCGGAGGUGAAGUUGGGGCCGGAGAGUAAUGCGUUUGAAUGCGGGUUGGACUCGUUGGGAUUCGCGAGGUUGGCGAGAGAGCUGGGGAGGGGCGUUGUGGUUGCGGAGGUCAUGGCACGGGGAACGGUCUCCGGGAUCGCGGAGCUCCUCUCGUCUUCUCCCUCAAGCUUGCAGUUGGAGUCUGAAGGGAAGAGCGAGACUGAGGUUUCAGAGAUGGAGACGAAAGCGUUGAAGUGGGAUGAAGACGCUUUGUUGGCUCGAGCUGUGGCGGUAUUCGACCCCGAUACGAUCGAACGGGUGUUACCGCCGUUCCCGGUGCAAGAGGGUGUACUCGCAAGCGUGACGUCUGGUAUUGGGGCGGGUGGGGAAGGGUACGUUCAGCAUUUCGCUUAUAGGGUGCACAAAGGCGAGGGUGAAGAAGGUGAAGUGGUGGCGAGGAGGUUGAAGAGUGCUUGGGAGGGCGUUUUUGAGAGGCAUGAGAUUCUGAGGACGGUAUUCGUUAUCGACGACGAGGGCCUUGUUCAAGUCGUUCUCAAACCCAACUCGACAUGCCUCCCAUUGACCUCAAACUCCGACGGACCUAUUGAUACGUCGUUCGGAGACUGGUUCGCUCGGACAUCCGCCAAUCGCAUCGCAAGCGACAUUAACCAGGACAUCACGACGCCUCUUUUCCGGAUUAACGUCUACUCUGACGAGGAAAUCUACUUUGUCCUGUCGAUCAGUCAUGCACUGUACGACGGUAUGGCCAUUCCGCCACUCAUGCGUGACGUUGAUGGCCUCUUUUCUUCCUUAUCCGCCUCCGAGAAUGUCGACACGACCAACCUGGAACCACCGGUCCCCCUCUCCUCCGUCCUUUCUCGCAUUCCCUCGAACGAUGCCUCUGCACGUUCGUUCUGGAUCGAUCACUUCAAAUCCAUCCCUCCCCUCUCUUCUCCCAUCCGCCGUUUACCUCCCUCAGAUGAAGUUCAAAGUGCGCGAACUCGAAGAGUACUAGAGAUGGGCUACGGAAGCGUCAAAGACGUGUGUAUGAAGAUGAGGGUGACCCCGCAAGCCGUGUUUGCUGCCGCUUUUGCUGUGGCAGGCGCGAGUUCUGCAAAGGGCGAAGGGGUGGGAAGGUGGAGAGAUGAUGCUGUAUUUGGUAUUAUUCGUUCCGGCCGCGACAUCCCCCUCGAGACUAUCGAUCGUGCACUCUGCCCGCUCGUCUCUGUCGUCCCCGUACACGUCCCGCUUCUCGGUGAUGACCAACGCCCACAUCAAAUACUCCAGGCCGUACAGAACGAUCUGAAUUCGACGGCGAGGUAUCAACAUUCCAACCUGGGGCAGAUACAGAGAUGGAUCGGACGUAAGGAUCUCGUAGAAGUUUUGUUCUCUUGUCGGUACGAGGACUCGAACGCGAACGGGAGGGGAAAAGGAGCUGGAAAGUAUGAGGGAUUUGAGAGUGUGUAUGUUAGCCAUGCGGCCGCGGAGUUUAUGUUGUCUGUAGAGAUCGUGAUCGACGUCGUCGCGGACACGGUCGAAGCUCGUGCAUCGUACACAUCGUCAGUCCUGAAAUCCGAAGACGUCGAGAACUUCCUGUGCGGUAUCGAAUCUUGUGUAGAAUCGUUUGCGACUGGUUCCAACCAAACGUUCAGCACCAUCACCGCCGACCAUACAUCAUCCGCCACCCACGACCACCCGGGCGUCACCGCCACACAACCCUCUCGCAUCCUCGAUGAAAAGCUCAUGGCAUCCCUCUCAACCAGCAUCGCUUCAUUUCUCCGCAUAGAAGCGACGACUAUCACCCCACAUACCUCCUUCGUCGCUCUGGGUCUCUCUUCUCUGCAAGCCGUCUCUCUUGCUAAGAAUCUGAACGAUUCGGGCUUCGCAGUCUCGCCCGUUGAUAUCAUGCAGGCAGAUUCGGUCAUGAAUCUGGCCGGAAAAAUAGAAGAUGCUAAUCCUUCUGUUGGAUUGGAAAAGGAAGGAGAGGCGGAGAAGUGGUUGGAGGAGUUGAAGAAGAGGUUGUCGAAGGAGUUGGAUUCUGAGGCGUUGAAGUUGGACAAGGGAGAUAUGGUUGAGAUCGCGCCGUGUACGGCGUUGCAGUCUGGAAUGCUGUCGCAGACAAUCAACUCCGGUGGGAAACUCUACGUCCACGCGUUUCCAUUCAAACUUCAGCCUUCUUGCGAUGUGGGGAAGAUGAAGCAGUCUUGGCUUCGUGCCGUCCAGGCCUUCUCAAUCCUUCGCACCUCCUUCCACUUUGCCCCAUCUGAAGGCGCCUGGGUUCAGGUCGAGCACUCCGUAGAAGACUUCAAGUGGGUACAUGAAGAACGCGAAUCCGUCGAAGGCGCCUCAACGGAGUUCAUCAACUCUCUUUCAUUCGCCAACGAAGACGAUCUCGCUCGUCCACCAGUCUACUUCCGUCAUGUCUCAACUCCAGAUGCGGAAUACGUCGUGUUGGUCAUGCAUCAUGCUCUCUACGACGGUAUCUCGCUACCCAUGCUCUUCCACCACGUCCGACGCUUCUAUCGCUCUGACGAGCCCGUUAUUUCUCCCAUGAGUUUCAUUCGCCUCGCCGAUACCAUCGUCAUGCAAGAGCACUCCGGGACAUCAUACUGGUCUAAGGUACUUCAGGGUGCCAGGCCCUCUCUGUACCCUCGCACUCAUCAGGAAACAAACGACGUGUCGGCAUGGCGCAGCUCUCUCAGGCUCGAUAUCCCCAAAGACGACGUGCAGAGGAUCUGUAGGAGGUAUCGGCUACAUCCACAGUGCCUGGGUCAAGCGGCUUGGGCGAAAGUGGUGGCGAUGGCUACUGGUUGUGAGGAUGUGAUGUUUGGGCAGGUUGUUUCGGGGAGGGUCGUUGCAGGGGCGAAAGAUAUCAUUGGGCCUGCCUUCAACACCAUCCCAUAUCGGCUGACUAUCGCUCGUGGGCAAACGAACAAGAGUCUACUCCAAGCCGCCCACCGUUGGAACGUCGACUCCCUCUCAUGGCAGCAUGCCUCGUUGCGUUCCAUUCAACGUGCUCUCGGUCUACAAACUCUUUGCGAUACGUUGUUCCUCUACCAACCGGGGCACACGAUCGAAGAUCAGAAUGACUUGUGGACUGUCCUGGGAAGAGCUGAUGUCGAGCAGUCGAAGACUCAGUACGCUAUCAAUAUCGAACUUCAUGAGGGUUCCGAGAACUAUCAUGUCUUCGCUUCCUGUGCUGCAGAUGUUCUCGACAUGUUCGGCCUUCAAUCCCUCCUGUCACAAUUCCAUGAUGCAUUCGAGUCCAUGGUCAGAGCUCCGAACGCUAUGGUCCUCCCCGAAGGCUUCGUCUUUGCCGGACCCCCCACUCCUUCCGAGGUUUCCGAUUCAGAUGUCUUACCUACAACAAGGAACGACGCUCGCGAAGAUUCUGCACAGGCAUUAUGGUCGUCAGAGCAGCAAAAAUUCCACUCCAUCCUCGUCGACUUCGUUAUGCUUCCCUCGGCCUCUGUGACAUCAGCCACUAAUCUCGCUUCCAUGGGUAUCGACUCUAUCUCCUCCAUCCAGGUCGCAGCGUUGGCCAGGAAAGCAGCCCUUCCUCUCAGUGCUUCGGACGUCGCCCGUAGUACAACCAUUGCCGAUCUCAUGCUCACUUUGGCCAAGAAGCUCGAGACAGUUUCCACCAACGGCACCGCCACCGCGACGCCGUCGCCAGCAUACAAUGUUAGCCUACCUCCAGAGCUCGUCGAGAGUGCUCGUAAUCGUCUUCCCGUCAAACUUCAGAGUCAGUUGCAAGAUGUUCUCCCUGUUACGCCCGGCAUGGAAUGGUAUAUCGGCAAUUGGCAGCGUGGCAGCGGGCUCCGUUGGCAGUACGCAUUCGCUUUCAGGUCUUCCUGCGGAAAACUUGAUGGCUUGAGAAUGAGACGUGCCUGGGAGGGCCUGGUCGAGCGGAACCCCUUAUUGAGGUCUUCAUUUGUUAAGACGGGAGAUGCGAAGCAAAGGAUCGCACUAUGCGUGUUGAACGGUUGGAAGCCAGAAUGGGUGGAGGGAAAAAUUGUUGCGGAAGACGAGACAAUUGAGGUACAUGAACAAGCGAGGAAAUUCGUGAAAAGCGCUCCGGAGCCAAGUGUUCCGUUUUCGAGGAUGGCGUUGUUGCAUGGGAAAGAAGAUAGCUACAUCGUUCUCGGUCUCCAUCACAUGCAGUAUGAUGCGUGGUCUAUGCGCCUUCUUGUUCAAGACUUGGAGACGCUGUAUCGCGGUGAUUCCCCAACCUCUUCCGCCGAUCUUCGCAGUGUAGUCGGUUAUUUCACACCUGCCCUCUCCUCGAAGGACGGACAACGUCGGUACUGGCAAGAAUUGUUCGGGACUUUCUUUAAACCGGCGCUCAUCCGCCUCAACUCUCCAACACCAUCGAGUCCGAAUCGAGCACGAAGGACGUGCGAACUGUGGUCGUCACUGUGGUCUGCGAUCGGCAUGAGACUCCCUUCAGAUCAAGAGUCUACAGUGUCCUAUCUUCCAAAUCGCCGCAUCAACCUCAUCGUCCGCGAUAUCUACCCUCCGCUCUCUUCCAUCCGUGCAAGGGCCCAAUCUGAUGGUCUCUCGCUUUCGACUGUGUUCAUGGCUACCUGGGCUCGUGUUCAAGCUUAUUACACGAAGGACACCUCCGUAACCUUCGGUCUAAUGCUCGCUUCCCGAGAUCAGGAGUUCGAUUCGGGUAUCAGCGCAGACAGCCUGGCUCUGCCUUGUCUGAACGUCCUUCCGCAUCAUAUCAAAAACGUUGGUGGCUCCGUCACAAUUCGAGAGAUAGGAAUGCAGCUGAUGAAGGAAGAGAAGAAGAGGAUGGAGGUCAACAGCCAGGUCGUAGAGAGAUCGCGGCUGAGUGAUGUUUGUGGGUGGGUGGGGAACGAGGGGAGGCCUGUGUGUAACGUGUGGUUGAAUAUUCUUCAGGUGCAGGGGCGGAGGGUUGAGACGGAGAAGAACGAUGUUCACAUAACUAAUGGGCAUACAGAUGCUGAGCAGAAGGCUGAGAAGUAUUAUUCCGGGAGGCUGCUGAAGAGUCUGACGCUCCCUUAUAAUGUCGUCACACCUCCCGAGAAGCAUCGACUUCCGUCUCCAUGGGACGAGUCUCUAGUUGUACCUGAAGUAGCAGACGAGGUCGUAGUUGAAUUCAUCCACAACCCCCGAGAGGAUACGGUGGUGAUGAGCAUCGAAGCCGACGAGUGGGUUAUGUCUGAGGGGCAAGCUAAUACUGUGGCGAAGUCUUGGGCAGAGGAAUUGAGAAAUUAUGUAGCAUAGCCUUUGGACCAC